AUGAACGAGAUAGAGGAGAGAUGGGGUAGACUAAGGCUUACUGAAGAAGAAGCAAGUGACAUUGUAAUAGGUGAAGAAGUUUCGGAGGAUCUGCAGAAAAAGGCUGAGUGUAGUGUGGUUGGCAAAAUCUGGCUGGAUAGAAGAGUGAGUGCAGCGGUUGUGGAGAACACAAUGGGGAAGGUAUGGCGUAUCAGUCGAAGAGCAAAAUUCCAAGAAGUAGGAGCAAACAUCUUUGCUAUACAGUUUGCUAAUGAAGUUGAUAAGAUGAGGGUAAUGGAUGGCAGACCAUGGCUGUUUGACAGCCACCUGUUUGUAAUAUUGCCAUUUAAUGGUUUCAUUCCACCUCAAAGAAUGGAUUUCUCGAAAGAAAGAAUGUGGAUCCAAAUGCUAGAGAUGCCGUUAGUAUGCAUGAAUGAAGAAGAAGGAAAGAGGAUUGGCAAUACCAUUGGUGAAGUUAUUGAGGUUAAGACACAGGUAGAUGGCAGUGGCUGGGGUAGUGUGUUGAGAGUCUUAUUGCUAAUGGACCUGACAAAACCGUUAGCAAGAGGAAGAACUAUUUCAGUUAAGGGCAUCAAGUAUUGGAUCCCCUUGAGGUAUGAAAAACUCCCUCAUCUGUGUUUUGUGUGUGGUUGCAUUGUCCAUAAGAAUGGGAACUGUGGGGAAAAAACAGGAGUAGAGGGGGUUCAGUUUGGGGCCUGGUUGAGAGCUGAUGUGAGGGGAGGAGGCUCAAAGUUCAGAAGUAAGACAAAGCAGGAAUAUAGUAAGCAUAUGGAGAUAUAUGGGAUAGAAUCAGACAAUAUAAACUCUAAAGAAAGGGAGGAUAGGGGCGAGUCUGUUGAUAAUUUCCAGUUAGAAGCAGAGAAGUCCAAUGAGAUAGAUUUUAGAGAAGGACAAAAGGAACAAGAUGAGGGAUUAACUGAGGUUAUAGUUGAAGAGGCUGAAGUGAUAGCUCGAGCAGAACAUAGAAUAGAGGAGGGGGAAAUUCAAGUUAGUGCAGUUGAGGAAAAUUUGCAAGGGAAUGGGAAAUGGAAGAGAAAAGCUAGGGGGAUGGCAGGAGGAAUAGAGGCUGGUGAGUUUGUUGGUAUACAGGAAAGAAAAAGAAAAAGUAAAAAGGAGAAGGGGGGCAGAGAAAAAAAACAGAGAAAGAUAGAAGUAGAGAGGGAAGAGGAGAAGAUGGAAGAACUAAAAAAGAAAGAGGUGGUGGCUGUCAAACAGCCCACCUCCCUCAAUGAAAACACUUAG